GAAAGAAAGUAAAAACAGGGAGAAGAGAGAACAGAAGACAAGCCAGGAUAGACAGAGAAAGACUACAGGGAGUCACAGACUAGAGGACAGCAGGCUAGACCAUCUUUGGUUUGGGUGGCUAACCAUGGAAGCUCAAAGGAGGAGCCAGCAGGAAAAGCAAACGAAGGGUCGUGCCUGUGGCCGAUCCCUGCCUGAGCCGCACGAGGCCUCUGGGACUCUGAUCUCUACAGUAGACAGGAGCCCUGAAACUUAUAGGAGACUCUCUGGUACAGGGCUGGGGAGACCUAAGCUAUGCCCACAGAGGGGCCGUCCUCACUCCCGGCGCCGCCACCGGACGACCUUCAACCCAGCACAGCUGGAACAGCUGGAGUCAGCCUUUGGGAGGAACCAGUAUCCUGACAUCUGGGCUCGAGAGGGACUUGCCCAAGACACUGGCCUCAGUGAAGCCAGAAUCCAGGUCUGGUUCCAGAACCGCAGGGCUAAGCAACGGAAGCAAGAGCGGUCACUACUCCAGCCGAUAGCCCAUCUGUCUCCCGCCACCUUCUCUGGCUUCUUGCCAGAGUCCUCUGCUUAUCCCUACACCUAUACAACACCACCCCCGCCAGUACCUUGCCUCCCUCACCCCUAUAACCAUGUUCUCCCCUCCCAGCCCUCCACGGGUGCCUCACUUGCUCUUCCUCCCCAGCCUGAGGACUGGUACCCCACCUUGCACCCAACCCCCACUGGUCAUCUGCCCUGUCCCCCACCCCCACCCAUGUUUCCUCUCAGCCUUGAGACGCCAAAGUCCUGGAACUAAGUGGUGAUAAGUCACCCUCUCUCCAUAACCCUCUUGAAACAACAAGAAAAUUAGGGGCUUUCUUUUCCUCCUCAGGCUGAAAUUAGAAACAUCGUGGGGGUGG